GACCCCGGUAGCUGUGAGUCAUCGCCUCCCAGACAGUCGCUGUGGUGACAAAUACAUACAUAGUCCCAUUCUUGCGACCGGACACACUUGGAAACACGAAUUUCUCUCUAAUAGCGCGACAGGAUUGAGAUGUUACAUUUUAGGUUUUCGACAGUGCUGAAGGAGUUGUCUCAAGCCACCCUCAAGCGCCCCUUGACCGGUUGUAGACAUAGGACCUGGUUACCGACCCGACACUUCAACUUCAGCGCCGUCUCCGUUGAUGCCAGAGCAGCGUCCACUCAACUGAGGGUCCUCCAUGCGGCUGUACACCGGCCGGCACUCCGCACCGCGCCCUGUGCCGCACCGUUCCGAUUGUUCUGCGCGAAAACGGAAGGUGCCGUGGAGCUGGACGAACAGUUGAAGAAACAUGGUGGCAUCAGCGAGGAAGCCGGUGACAAAAGAAGAAGUGCAGGCGUCUUGCCAAGUCUGGAGGAUUUGCUCUUCUACACAGUCGCAGAAGGUCAAGAGACGAUUCCUGCUCAUAAAUUUCUCACAGCACUUAAGGCCACGGGGCUUCGCAGUGGAGAUCCCCGGCUGAAGGAAUGCAUGGAAACCCUCAAAGAAACUCUAAGGAACACAUCAGAUGGUGUAACUCUGGACAGGCACCUGUUCAAGAGGUGUGUCCAGAGCAACAUUGUCCUGCUCACUCAAGCCUUCCGCAAGAAGUUCGUCAUUCCAGACUUCCAGUCCUUCACCUCCCAUAUUGAUGAGCUGUAUGAGAGUGCCAAAAAACUCUCUGGAGGACAGGUGGCAGACUACAUUCCUCAGCUUGCCAAAUUCAGCCCUGAUCUGUGGGCUGUCUCUCUGUGCACAGUGGACGGACAGAGACACACAGUAGGAGACACCAAGCUCCCUUUCUGUCUUCAGUCUUGUGUUAAGCCUCUGAAGUACGCUGUUGCUGUCCAUGACCAUGGCACAGAGUAUGUGCACAGUUUCAUUGGAAAGGAGCCCAGCGGCCUGCGCUUUAAUAAGCUCUUCCUGAAUGAUGAAGAUCAGCCUCACAACCCCAUGGUGAAUGCUGGCGCUAUUGUUUGCACUUCACUGAUAAAGCAAAGUGCAGGCAAUGCAGAGAAAUUUGACUAUGUCAUGAACUUUCUGAAAAAGAUGGCAGGAAAUGAGUACGUGGGUUUCAGCAACGCCACAUUCCAGUCAGAGCGUGAGUCAGGAGACAGGAACUUUGCCAUCGGCUACUACCUGAAGGAAAAAAAGUGUUUUCCAGAGGGGACAGACAUGACAUCUGUACUUGACCUCUACUUUCAACUGUGCUCCAUUGAGGUGACCUGUGAGAGUGCCAGUGUCAUGGCAGCCACCCUGGCUAACGGCGGUAUCUGCCCAAUCACGGGCGAGCGUGUGCUGAGCCCUGAGGCAGUGAGGAACACCCUGAGUCUGAUGCACUCCUGCGGCAUGUACGAUUUCUCAGGACAAUUUGCUUUCCAUGUGGGUCUGCCCGCCAAGUCUGGAGUAGCAGGUGGGAUCCUGCUGGUUGUACCCAAUGUUAUGGGUAUUAUGUGCUGGUCACCUCCACUAGACAAGCUGGGCAACUCAGUCAGAGGAAUACAGUUCUGCACAGACCUUGUGGAGCUUUUCAACUUCCACAACUACGACAACCUGAGGCACUUUGCCAAGAAGUACGAUCCUCGCAGAGAAGGAGGGGAGCAGCGGCAAUCCCGCGGACCCAUGGAUUACGAGAGCCUCCAACAAGAGCUCGCUCUGAAAGCUCCUCUUUGGAAAAAAGUGUCUCCCACUGAGUCGCACCAGGACAGCUCCACCACUGUAGUCUAUAGAAUGGACAAUGUCAGCGAGUGAAACAAUAGAAAAGAUGAGAGCCACUUGUCCUGCACACCCCCCACCUCACCCCAUCUCCACCCACACCUCUCAUACCACACCACCCCUUUUCCUUGAAUAUUUAUAUAUAAAUUAAAUUGUAGAGGAGUAUUUAUUGCUAGUGAAGCAAUCACUGUGUGGACAGACGGGGAAGCUUCUUUUGUUUGUGUUUGUGAUGGGAAAAUGGGACGAGUUACUGCUUUUUUAUUCUACUCUGAAUUCCAAAUGAUCUCGUAGCCUCCACCUGCUCGCGGCCUAAGUGUGUGUCGCAUCUGAGUGUUAGGUUGUGCUCGAGUUUCAUCUAACGCCCUUUGUUGCUGUAUUUUGCUUUGUUUUUUAAUUUUUUUUUAUUUUGACAGAAUCCUAUUUAAAAUAUUGGCCAUGGGUGGAUUUAAAAUUCUAUGUCACUUUCUUCAGACAUACAUUCACAGUUUCUUCGAAUGACUGUUUACUGUAGUUCACAGUCAUAAGAAGCUAGUGAUUAGCACAUAAAUGCAGAUUACAAUGCACUGUAGGUGAUGAUCAAAAUGGUUGAAUGACGGUAUUGAACUACUAAUGAAAAGUUCUUGGUCAAAGGAGAAUAUUGUUAACAUAUCAGUUAGCUACUUAGAUGUACUCAUCCCCAUAAAUUAACAGCUAAGUUUCUCAUUUUUAAUAAAAAAGCAGCUCACUGAAUUGCUCAGUGCUUGACCAGAGCUCCGACGGCGUACGUUCAGCUCAGCUCCCUGACUACUGAAUGACACUACACUGUUGUCAGUCUUAACGUGCUGGACCAUGAACAGAAAAAUCAAGUCAAAAACUGAAAGCUUUUUUGAGUCACUAUCACUUAACUGCAAAGUUUUUCAACUUUCUGGCAGACAUUAUCUCUGCCUGCAGAUAUCUGCAUUCAAAUAAAUGGAGGCCAUUGAGAUAAGGUUGCCGUAUAUGAUAUUGCAGGCUUGUAUCUUUAUUAGUGGAAUACAAAGUAGAUGUUGACUUGUCAACUGUCAAGGUGCUAGAGGUGACUGUAAGUCAGUAUUUGUGCAGGACCAUAGUUGGGGCUUAUUUUGCUGAUAAUGUUGAUGAACCACAAGCAAAAAAAUAGCUUUGCUCAAAGACAGCAGCUCAGGAGGGACUGAGAUGACUAAACAACAAGCUGAUCGAGGCUCCUGGUGGGGCCUCGCCAGACUUGAUUGUCCUCAUUCUCAGGUGGACUCGCUGCAGCAUACUGAGCUGCUGUGGAAUGUGUUUGUGUGUAUGGCUGGUUCUGCUAUGUCUGGUGAUGGUUUGUGACUACACUCAGUAGUACAUCAGCUGAGGGAAUUUGUGAUGUUUGGUGAUGUGUUGUUGCAACCUCCAGUCACAGCCGUAGCAGCCACUCCAGAACCAUCACCAUAUGUUUGAACCACGCAAAAUAUGCUCAUGUAGAAACAGGAUGGCUCAGCUUUCUGCAGAAACGACAAGCAGUGAUUGACUUGUUGUCCUGUUGUGCCCCACCUCUCGGCUCCAACUCACCUCAUGCCUCCACCACACGUGUACGACCAUCAGUUAUAGGUGUUAAAGUUUAUAUGGGUGGAUGGGAUUGAUGUGUCUUAUGGUUUAAAGCAUUGACAGCUGAUUGACAGGUUGAAAGAGUUUUUCAGGGCCUUUAAAUCCAAAUUGUUCCUCUUUUCUAGACUGUGAUGUGACAUUUAAGAACUAUGGCGUCUUUUGUGAAAUGAUAAAAGAUAAAAUGUUUAUGUCUCAAAGUAAAAAGAGUAGGCACGAAAACUAAUGUAUGAUAUUGGCAAAUUACAAACGAUACCUAGCUCUUUGUGUGGCUUUAAAGGAAAAAAUAAUCCACCAAACUUAAGUAUCAAAUCAAUGUCACUCUGAUCCACAAAUGUUUGUGUGUCAUUGUACGAACAUACAGAGGACAUGUAGAGUAUGCAGUAUUCAGUAUUGUUUUUAAAGUUCUCACUAUGUUACUCUUCAAGUAAAGUAUAUAUGUAUAUUAUUAAAACUUCUUUCCAUAGACACAAUUUUCUGAAGUUCUGUAUGUACAUAGAGGCAGGUGUUUCCUUUAGGUCUGUACGUGAGUGAUGAUCAUCAACAACAGUGUGGUGAUUAUACACUUCAGACGUUCCAAAGAUCCCCUGCAGGAAGUUGACACUCUUGCACAGGAAUGUCCUGUCAGCAGAUGCCUUAGAUGUCGCUCUGUUGUUACUGUACUGCUGGGUGGGUAUCAGUUUGUUAUUAAGUCGUUGUUGAAAAUGUACAACUGGUGUGUGUUUUUUGUCAGCGGAUUUGAUUUGAGCUCCAAGCUGCUAGGGCCAAUACUACCCCGUUAUGAUUCAUGUCGAAGUCAAGAAGUCCUUUAAUUUUUCUGCUAUUUAAGGUAAUGGUCUUCUGUUAUUGUUUUUUUUUUCUGUUUUCUGGUUUCUGCUCAUUUGUUUGGAAGUAUUCAUAAGCCUAUGUCCACCUCCUACAGAGUUUUCUACGGUACACAGCAAGUUGAGUUGAGUCUGUUGGAUACUUUAAAUUGUUUUGUUCACAGAUCAUGUUUCUACUAAGGAUUGCCGUGGAGUAUAGAAAGCACUGGGAGGAGUGUAAGUUGGACAGUGGCCUUAUUUGUUAAAAUUAUAAUUCUUAAGAUUUUUAUCACUAUUUGACACAAUUUAUGUGCAUUUAUUCUGCUUUAGCCAGAAUGCUGGUUUGAUUUUGUUGUGGUUUCAAAGAGGGAUAACCGGGGGGUUUUCUGCUUUUUACAAGUAGACAUGUGCAUUUCAUAAGGCUGCAGACAGCUUCCAGAAGUCUUAAUAAGUGAUUUUGUAUCGUGUAUUGUCGCCACCCUACAUAUGUGCAGUAUUCCAUAUGAUACUUUUUAAUACGCAACAGCAGCAGCAGCACAUGGUUAUAUGAGCUUUCAUUCCUCUUCAUGGUGAAGUAGUCAGGAGUGUGUGUAUGUUGACAUCUUAGUUGUGAAUGGUUGAGCCCCCCCCCCCCCACACACACACACACACGCACACGCACACGCACACACACUGGCACAGAAUCUAAAACUCAAUGCUUAAGUCGCGUGUCCCAAAGACUUGGACCAGACCAGUAGUGACGUGAGUGGCUUGACCUUCUUGCAGCCAAUAGGAGUGGCUUAUCUGAUCUGUUCCACUUUGGGACAGACAAACAAGCCUGGUGUUACUUGGGAAAGAGGGUCAAUGAUCUGUAUUACUUGAAGUUUGUUAUGAGACUUGACUUGCUCCUUAAACUGUGAUUAUUACUCUGCAAUCAGACUCAUCACAAAAGGGCUUGUAGAGGCCGUUCUGAGUGUUUCCAUUGUAAUCAUCAUAUUUUCAUGUCUCACUUCAUGUAUGUAAUAUUUCCUGGUGUUUUAUUGUUCUCUGAAUGAUCAUUCUCCCUGCAUGCUUUCUUUUAAUGAUUUGGAUAAAUGUUUUUUAAUACCAUGUAAUCAGUUUUAAGUUGGUUUGAUUUCCUUUCACAUGUCUUUUAUUUAUGUUGAUUUGUAUCAUGGACAUACAUUUUAUUUGACAUAGAAUUUGCAAUUAUAAAUGAAAACAAUCACUACCAUUGCAAUAUAGUGAGCUUUGAAUUGUAUGGUUCCUUAAUGUCUUGGUCAGAUAUGAGAUAAUGAUUUUCUAUGGGUUGUUUUUUUUACUGAUCAUUUUGUGGAAAACAAAACUCCACAAAAAUACAGUAGAUGAAACUACAAUUCCAAGUUCAUGACUGAUGAUUGUCAAACUUCUCUGUGUGGAUUUCUUUUCUCUGUACUCAUGCUUGUAAUUAUGUUAGUAAAGUCUCCAUAAACUCAUGAACGUGUUUUCCUGCCCAAUUCUGAGGAAAUACUUUACUUGGCUGUGAUUAUGACUGGCAGACACGACAGUGAAAGUGUUGCCUUGUCUCUUGUAUAAAGUCCAAUAAAGCACACGUCUCCUCCUCUGCA